AUGGUCUGGUCGCAACAAUAGAGAGAAAAUUGGAACUCAUGUUGCCUUUGAUGAAGAGUUUGAUAUAUCCCCAUUCUGUCAGACUGCGCCGGAAGUAUCCAGGUACCGUCUGCAUUCGGUUGUGGUGCAUCAUGGGGCAGGAUUCAGAUCAGGCCACUACACAACCUACUCUUACAACAUCCAUGCAGCAUCAUGGUUACACUGUAACGAUUCCCGGGUGCAGCUAGUGCCUCUAGAAGAGGUGUUGGCAUCCCAGGCCUACAUCUUGUUCUACACUCGGGAACUGACCCCCGUCAGCCUGGAUGAUAUGCCAGAGCUGACAAAAAUAGCCAGUGGGACAGAUACAUUGUCCACAAUCUCAACAAUACCAGAUUUUGAUCAGGAGACUCUGGAAACUCUGAAGCGGCUGAGUCAGGGGGAGACAGAACAAGCUGUAGAUGAGGAAGUUUCCAUCAGCUUUCACAGAGACCCCACGCUGGUGAAGAAACUGUCAUCUGUCAGUUCUCUCCCCGGACAGGGCCUUAAACGGACAGCAUCUUUGCCGCACAGUGAACAGUUGUCUCCAGCAAAGUUAAUCAAAGCAAAUAGUGAUUCAUUGUAG